AAUUUCUAUUUUUUGUAAAUUGAAAAAAUAAAUAGAAUACUUGAUGGCAUAGGAUAAAUUGGAGACUAGGAUGAUAUUUGAAUUAAAAGUAAUGUAGGAUUGAAAAUUGUAUAAAAUAUAUUAUUUUUUAUUUGAAAAUAAUGGAGCCAGAGCAAUUGAUAGAUUAAUUAAAUGAUAUAUUGUUGGCAGAUCAUUUUCGAUUUAUAGAGGUAAUAGGAAGAGGGAGUUUUGGUGUAGUGGUGGCUGCAUUUUGUAGUAACUUAGAUAGAGUGGUGGCAAUAAAAGUUAAUUAUAUUCUUAGAAUACAAUAGAUAACAUCGAAUGUUGAUUAAGAGAACGAAGCCAAUUUAUUAAAAGCUUGUUGUCAUUAAAAUAUUGUAAAGCUUUACAAGGUGAGAUAAUUAUUACGAUUAUAGGUGUUAGUCGCUAAUAAUCAUCUUUAUCUAAUAAUGGAGAGACUGAUUGGUUUUACUCUUGAGAAAUUAAUGAAACAAUCUAUAUUGUCAGAAUAGAGUAUAAGAAACUAUAUGACUUAAAUUUUAAAUGCAUUAGUGUUUUUGCAUAGAAAGAAUAUCAUUCAUAGAGAUCUGAAACCAGGUAAAAGACACUUUAUAUUAUAGAAAAUAUAUUUAUAUGUGAAAAUGCAUGUGUAAAAUUAAUUGACCUUGGUUUAGGAUAAGAAAUUGUUUGUAAAGGAUGUGUAUAUUAAUCAGUUGGGACUCCCUAUUUCAUAGCCCCAGAAGUUAUUUUAGGUAGGGAUUAAAGUUAGGUUAAUUAUAUACAUAUAUAUAUAGGCUGUUGAUAUUUUUAGUUUAGGUAUUAUCUUUUAUAUGAUGAUCAACAAUUUAUAACAUCCAUUAUGGGAUGGAUAAAUGAGAAAAAAACAUUAUUAUGAAUUGAUCUCCAAUGAAUUUUCUAUUUCAUUUCCUAAGACUAUGCCUGAGUAUUCAUUUCUACUAUAUAUUUAUUAGAAUGGCUAAAGAUUUUGUGUUGAAUACUGUUUAAUUUAGAGCUGAAAAUAGAAUGACAGCUCUUCAAUGUUUAGAACAUCCUUGGAUUAUAGGAAAAGGAGUUAAAACACAUCCUAUGACUACAAGAGAAAUUAUGUUAAGAUACAACAUUUAACAAAAACUAUAACAUGUAAUUAUAUUAAAUUAAUCAGAUAAUUAAAUCUUUAAUGUUUAUAAAGACUCUACAAUAAACCUGUGAAGAAGAAAUCCAUUAUAUUAAAACAACUAAUUCACCUUUAAUGGUAGAAAAGGAAGAACAACAAAUCUCUCCAGAAACUGAUUAACCAAGAUUAAGUGUUGAAUUAACAAAUAAAAAGCAUAAAACUUUUAAAUUAAAUACUAUUCCAUUAAAAAAAGUAAGUUCCUAUAAAGAUUUAGUAUCUUUGAGAGAAAAACAACUAAAUUAAAAGAAAUAUCAAAGUAUAAAUUAUUAUUAUUAAUAAGACAUGAUUUUGAGGUUUAGAGAAAAAUUAUCUUUAGGUAAUCAACUUAGUGCUAUUGGACAUUCAAACUUUGAUUCUCCUAUAAGUCAUCGAAAAUUAACUACUCUACCUUCAAUUAGUACUAAUAGGUUAUAGAGAUAAUCAACUUUUAAUUUUAAAAAUUUGUGAAGUGC